AUGAUUUGUAAGAAAACAGAAAACCCUGUUAAUCCUGCUCCACCAAAGUUGAGUGUAAAUAGUACUAAUGUUAGUAAAUCAAAUGUUAAUUCUGGGAAAUCUCAUAAUGAUUCUAAAGGUGCUGUUAGUAAAGGUGAUUCCCCAGUAGUUAUGACUGCUUCUUUGGGAAUUGAUCAUUCUCAGACUAAUAAGAUUUCUGUUUCGACUGCUCUUCCUACUGCUAAGGUAAUUGUGUCAGGAAAUGGACAUUGUUCCUUUGAGAGAGCACUCUUUGAUUCUGGUGCGCAAAGAACGUUUAUUGCAACGGAAUUAGCCCAUAAACUUAGUCUAUCGUCCAUAGCAACAGUAGCCUUAAAGGUAAAACCAUUUGGCAGUGAUGCCAUGGAAGUUAAUUGUAAUAUAGUAAGAGUUGUGGUGAGACUAGGUAAGAUUCGUACUGUCAUUAAUGCCAUUGCAUUCGAUAGAGUUAAUGCCAGAAUUUAUUCUCCAGGAUUGAGUAAGUCAGCUGCAUUCUUGACGAGUAAAGGCAUAAAAUUAGCAGAUAAUGAUUUAAAUUCAGAUGAAGUUAAUGGUAUAGAAUUAGUCAUUGGAGCUGAUUGCUAUGGAAAAUUAAUUCAGAACAGUCAAAUUUGCUCUGGAAUACAGAUAUUGAAUAGUUCUGGUGGUGCACUAAUUUUUGGACCUCUUCCUAGUUGGUCUUAUGACAAUGUAGAAUCUAAUGAGAUUACUACAUCAAAUGUAUGUUCAAGAAUAGAAGUAGAGGAAAUCCCUAUUAAUUCUUGUUGUGAAGUCAGAAAAUUAUGGGAUUUAGAAAGUGUUUGUAUUCGUCAAUCUGAAAUUAGUCCUGAAGAAAGAGAAUCAGUUAAGUGUUUUAAGGAUAAAGUAAAAAGGUUUGACAAUAAAUAUGAAGUGUCCUUACCAUUUAAAGAUGAAAGUAGACCGCCUGUUAACAACAGAAUAGCCAUUGGUCAAUUAAAUUCCCUGUUACAUAGAUUCGAAUCUGACCCCUCCUUGUAUGCUCAUUAUGAUAAGAUUAUCAAAGAUUACGUUCAGUCUGGGUUUAUAGAAUUAAUUCCUUCAGGCUCCCCUAUUAUAGGGCAUUAUUUACCCCACCAUGCUGUACUGAAGGAUUCAGAAACAACUCCCAUUCGAAUAGUUUUUAAUGCUUCUUCAAAGGCUAAAGGAGAACUCUCCUUAAAUGAUUGUUUAUUAACUGGUCCCUCAUUAACUACUAAACUUUUCGAUGCCCUGUUGAGUUUCCGUACAAACCCAGUAGCUGUGAUUUCAGAUAUCAGUAAAGCCUUUUUAAGGAUAGGCAUUUCACCUGACUGCCGUGAUUAUUGCAGAUUUCUAUGGCUAACUGAUCCUUCCGAUUUGAAGUCUACUGUAACUUACCGGUUUUGUGUAGUUUGUUUUGGAGCUACAUGCUCCCCCUUUCUCUUGCAGCAAACCCUCUUGCAUCAUUUAUCUCUACAUGAUAAUCCCCUUGCAUCAUCUCUGAUGAAGAAUUUCUAUGUAGAUAAUUUUAGUAAAACCUACAAGGAUGUGUCAGUCUUGAUGGAUGAAUAUCCAGUAAUAAAUGCGAUUCUUGAAGACGCUAAUAUGCCUCUACAAGAAUGGGUUAGUAAUGAUUCAGAGUUUAACAGAACCAUAGAUGUUAUCAAAGAAAGAGUAAACGUUUUGGGUUUAGAGUGGUAUCUAGCACAAGAUGAGAUGUCACUGAUGGAAGUAAAUUGCGAGUAUAAAGGACCUUUAACCAAACGAAAGGUUUUAUCAGUAGUAGCUCGGAUGUUUGAUCCUCUAGGAUUAUUGUCACCUAUACAGGUGAGAGGUAAAUAUUUUCUUAAAUGUUUGUGGAGUAACUACGGAUGGGAUGAACCUUUGCCAGAAUCAUUAUGUUCAAGGUUUGAUGAAAUUUCCAAGUGUUUUAGAAAUGUAGAAAGUUUAAAGUUUCCUAGGUUUGUUGUACAUCCUGAAUGUUCCCACUUACAUGUAUUUUGUGAUGCCUCUAACAAGGCAUAUGGAGCUGUUGCCUAUGUGAUUGAUUUCAAGAGAAGUGUAAGCAAUUUACUGGUCAGUAUGUGUAAAGUGGCACCAAACCCUAAACAGACUAUUCCGCGUUUGGAAUUGACAGCCUUGUCCUUGGGUGCGAAACUUGCUGGAAGAUUAAUGCAGAAUGAUGAUUUAAGAGUGAGUUCUUGCACUCUCUGGAGUGACUCCAUGGUUUCUAUUUGUUGGGUGAAGAACAAUAAUAGUAAAAUUCCUUAUGUACGAAACAGAGUCACUGAAAUGAAUGAAUUCAAGUUUCCUCUACGGUAUACCCCCUCUAAGGAUAAUCCAGCUGAUAUUCUAUCCAGAGGUAGUAAUAGUAAAGAUUUAGCGCAAAAUUCCUUAUGGUGGAAUGGCCCUAAAUGGCUUUUAACUGGUGAUUAUCCCCGAUCUUUAGCUACAGAAACUGUGCAUGUUAAUGAAAUUCUUUCAGAACCUAAGUUUGUUCACCCUCCAACCCCAUUAAUUGACAUCCCACGUUAUAGUAAUUUAAGUAAGCUUAAACGUAUCAUGAAGUCAAUAUUGCUUUUCCUUAAGUGCAGUAAAGGGUCUAAGUUUGUUGUUAACGAAAUGAAAGCACUUGUCCUCCUUGAACAGAAGCAACAUUUUUCUACUACCAGAAUGUACCUCUGUGUUAAGAAUUCACAUGGAGUGUCCAUGGAUGUUAAGAACUUGUGUAAUCAGUUAAACUUAUUUGUUGAUGAAGAAAAUCUAGUUAGGUCUUAG